CGUGUAAUAUUAUAUCCAGCACUUUCUCUCUCGCUUCCUUUUUUUUUCAUUUCCCUUCCGAGAUUUUCCGGGAAUCUGAGAGAAAAUAUUCGCUCCUGGGGUGUUUGUCCAAGAUUGGCAUUAGAAAAAGUUGAAGUGAGUGAGUGAGUGAGUGAGUGAGGCAUUUUUGCCUUUGUGAUUCGGAACAACAACAUUUAUUCCAUCUGUUUCCUUUCCGUAAAGCUACCACUGCCACUUCACAGUUCUCAUCUUUGUCCCUCAGUUCCUACCCUCCCCCACCCCCACCUCUGAAAGCUUUCCCAGAAAAUUUGACUCUUUUUUUUUUCCCUCUGACUCAGUAUAAAUAUAUAUAUAUAUUCACGCAUAAUCUCUGUUUUUUCCGUACCGUGGUUUCUCUCUCUUUCUCUAUUUCUCUCUCUACAGAAGAAGAAAAAAAAAAAAGAGGCUUUGAUUGUGGGGUUUAAUGUCUCCUCAGUUUUAUGAUUUUUCUCUCGUCACGCUCACACUCUUUUCUUCCUUUUCUUUUUCUCUCCCUCUUUCUGGGUGUCUUUCCGUGAAAUUUCUCGUCCUUUAAUAACACUUUCUGAAGAGCACUCUUUUUGUUAAUUAAAUCUCCAUCGGUGGUCGACAAAGAGAGAGAGAUUUUCUCUUCGUUUUAAGGGCUUUUUAGAGGGAGAAGCAAGUAGCUUCUCUUUAACGUGUCCCUGUUUUUUUCAGCUUUCUUUUCUCUUAUCUUCUCCUCCUUCUUUAUUCUCUCCUCGUGUCUAGUCUCAAAGGAAUCUUUUCCCAUCUUUUUCUUCUUCUAUUUCAUUCCCUCUUCGCAAACUUCGCUUUCAAAUGCACAAAAUACCAGUACCCAGAAUCUGAUAAGCCGAAAAAGAAGUAAAGAAAAAAAAAUGAAUCGAAGUGGUCAAGUGGUGAAGUAUACCGAACACUGCAACCACACAAAGCUCACCGAGAAGUUCUCUAAAUCCACCGCUUCGCCGGAAAUGGCGGCGCGGCCGAGGAUUGUGAGGAUUUCCGUCACCGACGGCGACGCCACGGACUCCUCCAGCGAUGAAGAAGGAGAGUUUUGCUACUCUCGCCAUCGGGUGAAGAGGUUCGUCAACGAGAUUACGAUCGAGUCGUGUUCCAGAGAAAGCAACGUCGUUUGCCGGUCGACGAGGAAGAAGAGGAGGUCCACGUCGUCCGGACGGAAGGCGAGGAUGAUUCCGGCGGCGGCGGCUGGUCAUCGGAGCGUGAUGAAGACGCCGGCGGGGAAGAAGUUCCGCGGCGUGAGGCAGCGUCCGUGGGGGAAAUGGGCGGCGGAGAUCAGAGAUCCUCUCCGGCGCGUGCGGCUCUGGCUUGGAACAUACGAUACGGCGGAGGAAGCCGCCAUGGUCUACGACAACGCGGCGAUUCAGCUGCGUGGACCCGACGCGCUGACCAACUUCGCCACUCCUCCUGCGCCAGAGGCCAAACAGGCCGCGAUGAGCUGCGGCUACUACUCCGGCGAGGAGUCUCACAACAACAACGGCGACAACAACAAUCUCAUCCUCUGCUCUCCGACCUCCGUCCUCCGGUGCCCAUCGCCGUCGAACGAGGAGGCCGAUUCGAAAGGAUUAAUCAUCCGAGACAUCGGCGACCUCCGAGACGAGUCGUGCGUGUCGGAGAACUUCUCGGAGUUCUCGUCGGAGCAUUCGAGCUUCGAGACGUUCAUUCCCGACGAUAUUUUUGACUUCCAGAGCUCGAUUCCCGAUUUCUUCGACAAGACGGGCGCAUUGGAGGGAGAUUUGAACGACAUUUUCGCCGCAGAUCCGAGUUGGGAUUUCGGGUUCGGGUCGAGAACUUUCCAACCGGACGAUUAUUUCCAAGAUAUUGGCGAUAUAUUCAGCUCAGAUCCUCUCGUCGCUCUUUGAAACACAUUUUCCAGUCUCUUCUUCUUCUUCUUCUUCUUCAUAACUCUCCCGAUUUUUGGCAAACUUUUCAUCGGCGAGAUAGAACCGAGAUAUCGGAUUCGUGUUUUUUUUUUCCGUCUUUUUGUAUUUUGUGUUGGUUUUUUUUCAAUUUUGUUUG